AUGUUCAUUGAGGAUAACUAUUCACUAGCUAAAGACCGCCUCCGAUCACAGUUUAAUAAAUUAAAAAACAAUACCGAAUUAUUGAAAACAUACGACGAUAUAUUUAAAGAACAAUUGGACAGCGGUAUCAUUGAAAAGACGACAGAAAGCCCUGGUGUUGGGGAAACCCAUUAUCUCCCCCACAGAGCUGUUAUUAAACCUAACAGAAAUAAACGAAAAGCGUAUAAUAUCGCAAUAACUGGUGACAUUGAAAAAGCCUUCCAUCAAAUAUCGGUAUCACCUGAAGAUCGUAAUUUACUCCGAUUUAUCUGGUACGACGAUGUGAAUAAUUUUGAUGAUCAAAAGUUUGAAAAUAACGCGCUAGCUGAUUAUAGAUUCUGCCGAGUAGUCUUUGGAGCCACUUGUUCUCCAUUUCUUCUGUCUGCAACUUUGAUUUUUCAUUUACACGGUUAUGUUGAAUGUGAUCCGCAAUUUGUGCAGAAGUUACUUGAAUCUCUGCAUGUUGAUGAUUUGACUGCGGGUGGCGUUAAUGAUUCUGAUGCUUUGUGUUUUUACACGAAGUGUCAGGAGAGGCUCAGUGAAGGAGGGUUUAAUUUGAGAAAGUUUAACUCUAACUCCAAAAUGCUUGAGAACAUCGUCAAUAGUACUCAGGAUGAAACUGAAAUCAAAUUUCAACCCACUAUUAAAGUUUUGGGACUUGAAUGGAACAAACUCUCUGACGAAAUUAAUUUCAAUUUUUCUGACAUGCUGAAGAACAUAAAAUUGCCUACUACGAAGCGAAAUAUCAUGCAUUUUUUAGCUAGUAUCUAUGAUCCACUAGGGAUAAUUAACCCUAUUGUUGUGACAAUUAAAGUAUUGUUCCAAGAUUUGUGUGUUGCAAAAUUUGACUGGGAUCAACCUUUAGAAGGUGAAUUUUUACAAAGAUGGAAUGAAAUUUGUACUAGCUUUGACACUGAAACUUUAAAUAUUGACAGACUUUAUGCUUAUAAAGAUGAAAAUGAUCAAUUUGAAAACAUUGAAUUACAUGGAUUUUCUGAUGGCUCUAAAAUUGCUUAUGGAUGUUGUGUAUACAUUCGAUUUACUUACAAGUCUGGUAAAGUUAAAACUGCACUUUUGAGUUCAAAAUCAAGAAUUAAACCAUUAACAAAUACCACUAUACCACGAAUUGAACUUUUAGGCACUUUGGUGCUAGCUAGAUUAAUGGACGUUUUAAAAAAGGAAUUAUGGAAUGUGUAUAAUAUUGACAAUAUUUUCUAUUGGACUGAUUCAACUAUUGCAUAUUCAUGGAUUAAAAACGAUAACAAAGAUUAUAAAACCUUUGUUCAAAACCGCUUAGAGGAAAUUAGAAAACUGACUGCAUCUGGCAAAUGGUGUUUAGUACCAUCGAAAGACAACCCUGCAGAUAUAGUAUCUAGGGGUUGCUCCCCCUCUGAAUUGAAUUCUUUGUGGUUCAGUGGACCCACGUUUCUAACUUUACUUGAAACCCACUGGCCACACCUUAAACCUGGUGAUAAGUUUAUUAGUGAUGACAUGACAAAAGAAGAAGUUAGAAAAGAAGAAAAAGUUCAAACAUUAAAUAAUGAACUAAAAAAUAUUACUGUGUCUGAAAAUCUAUCUAUUAUUUCUACUGAUACUGUGUCUGAGAAUGUUUGUGAUAAUGUUAUGUCUUCUACUACUCCUGUGUCUGAUGAAGUGUAUGAUACUGUAUGUGAUGUUUCUACUGCCAAUGAAAAUGUCUUGGAUAGUGUAAACACGAAUUUCCCAAUUAUACCGGGUAUUCGUAACAUAAUUGAUAUAAAAAAAUACAGUAGUUUUGAUAAAUUAGUACACGUCACAGCUUAUGUGAUGAGAUUUAUAAGUAAUGUAAAAAAGAAGAAAGAAGAUAGAAAAAAUUUUAAUUAUAAGAGGCUAUCAGCCGAAGAAAUUGGUCAUGCAAGAUUGGUAAUCAUCAAAGAUGCUCAAGAAGAUGUGAAAAGACACAAGAAAUUUAAACAUUGGGAAAAGAACCUGGAUUUAUUUGAAGACACAGAUUUUUUGCUGAGGUGCAGGGGUCGGUUAGGAAAUGCUCCUGUACCAUAUAACUCCAGGUAUCCUAUUCUGUUAGUACCAGACUCUUAUCUAACAAAAUUAAUCAUUCGACAUGUGCAUGAAUCUGUGAAGCAUUAUGGCACAAAAAUAACACUCACAGAACUUAGAAGAGAAUUUUGGAUUCCAUCUGGUAGAAAUGUUGUUAGAAAUUUUAUUCGUACAUGUCAAAAGUGCCGAAGGUACGAGAACAAACCAUAUCCGUACCCAGAUCCUCCAUCAUUACCGAAGAGUAGAUUACAAGAUAACAUGUCAUUUGAAGUAGUUGGCAUCGACUAUGCUGGUCCUUUAUUUGUAAAAAAUGUUUUUAACGAAGAACCAGAUAUGUAUAAAGCUUGGAUAGUUCUUAUAACGUGUGCGAGUACUAGAGCUAUUCAUUUAGACUUAGCUUCGAAUUCUUCUGGACCUGAAUGUAUAGAAGUUCUGAAACGAUUUAUUGCUCGAAAAGGAGCACCGAACUUCAUUUUAUCUGACAAUGGUAAAUGUUUUAUUAGCGAAGACGUACAAAACUUUGCUGCUAGUAAAAAUAUUAAUUGGAAAUUUAAUAUUGAGUCUGCCCCUUGGCAAGGCGGAUUCUUCGAACGUUUGGUCAAAUCAGUCAAAAGACCACUGAAGAAAGUUCUGGGCAAUAGUCGCCUGAAGUAUAAGGAACUUUUAACGAUACUAACUGAAAUUGAAUUUAUACUAAAUAACAGACCAUUAACGUACAUAUAUGAAGAACUUAAUGAAGAACCAUUAACACCUAAUCAUCUUAUGUAUGGAAGAAAAUUAAACACGAAAGCAGAUGAGAACAACUUAAUACCUGAAGAUCUCUCGGCUGAUAUGAGUGUCAAACGGAAAGAAAACGUAAACCGAUUACUGACACACUUUUGGAAUAGAUGGCGUGACGAAUACGUCACAGAAUUACGAGAAUUCCACAAAUUGAAGAAUAGUCGUUUCAAUAAAUGUUUAAUUCCAAACGUUGACGACGUAGUUGUUGUUGCUGAUGAUAGAAUGCCACGAUCACAAUGGCGAAUUGGUCGAAUAAAAGAAACGUUGAAGGGAAAAGAUGGAAAAAUACGUGCAGCGAUAGUACAAUGCAAAAAUGAUCAAGACAGACGAUCAAAUUUACGGCGACCGAUCAAUAAAUUGAUACCGUUUGAACAGUGUAUUAUUCCAAACGAUGAAUCAACAGAACCAGCAAUACAAUUUAUUGAUGAACAAUCAGUUACACAAAACGAUCAGUUAGCUGAAUCAAAGAUAACAUUUGUUGAUGAAAAGGAUCUUGAGAUUGAAGAUCUGAAGCAACAAGAAGGUGCUGUAGAAUCUACAGUUAAAACCUCUCCAGGAGGCACUUCUAUACAGUCAGGCAGUUUAUACAUUGGUGGAGGCCUUGUCGUACUUGCUUGCAUAGCAGUUGCUGGUGUCUACUACCUUACGCGUAAGCAGCCCGUAGCGGAUCAACAGCAUGCCGAAACACGUGCACCAGAGCAGCAUCAACCUUCAAAGCCUCAAGCCAAGCCCGCUUUCGACUUUUUUAAGAUGAUAUAA